CUGGAUGUUGGGCCGCAGUAUUUUACGCUUCGGUAGGCAGAUAAUCUGCAGAGGGCCGUUGAGAAGGGCAAAUACUAUGCCGGAUCCCUACCGGGAAAGAUACCGCCCAUCUAUGGACCCAAUAAUCAUUACUGGAUUCUUCCUGGUUACAGUACCACUUUUGUGGAUAGCCAAGGACAUCGCGCUUGGUGUUGACCAGACCCCAAAACGCACUGAAUAA